CCGCUGCCGUGAGUCGCCACCCCCCGGCACCGUCCUCCUCCUCACCGUCCUCAUGGUCAUCUCCAGCACCGGCUCCGUCGCCAUCCCGGUCACCUUCGCCAUCAUCAUCCUCAGCAUGGCCAUCACCAUCCCCAUCACUAUCCUCAUCACCUUCACCAUCACCAUCCUCAUCACCUUCACCAUCACCAUCCUCAUCAUGA